AUGCAAAGUAAUUAAAAUAUUCCUGAAAAUGCUAAUGAGCAUUGUCCAGGAGCCAACUCUGAUUAAGCAGGAAAAAGUGAAGCUUGUUCUGGUUGUCCUAAUUAAUAACUAUGUCAAUAAGGAGCUGGCAAAUAAUUAUUAGGUAAUAUAAGACAUAUUCUUAGAUAAUUCUGAAAUCAUAGAAAAUUUAAAAUAGGUCAAGCACAAGAUACUGGUCUUAUCAGGUAAAGGGGGAGUAGGCAAGAGCACAGUCUCAUCAUAAUUAGCUCAUAUUCUUGCAUCCAAAGGAUUCGAUGUAGGUUUAUUAGAUAUAGACAUCUGUGGACCUAGUAUUCCAAGAAUGAUGGGGUUAGAAACAAGUGAAGUACAUUCAAGCAAUAAUGGUUGGUAACCUAUAUAUAUCAACGAAAAUUUGGGAGUGAUGUCAAUAGGAUUCUUAAUUGAUAAUAAAGAUGAAGCUAUUAUUUGGAGAGGACCAAGAAAAAAUGGACUGAUUAAACAAUUUUUAACUGAUGUUGCUUGGGGAGAAUUAGAUUUCUUAAUUAUUGAUAGUAUAUUAUCAAUUAAUCUUUUUAGCUCCUCCUGGAACUUCUGAUGAACACAUUUCAAUUGUUUAAUACCUUAAUCUUACUCCAAAUGAUGGAGCAGUGAUUGUUACAACACCAUAAGAAGUUUCUUUGUCUGACGUAAGAAAAGAGAUCAGCUUUUGUUAAAAGACAAAGACCAAUAUUUUGGGAGUUGUUGAAAAUAUGAGCGGAUUUGUAUGUCCUAAUUGUUAGCACCAUACUGAUAUUUUUCAUCCUACCACUGGUGGAGGAGAUUCAUUAUGCAAAUAGUAUGAACUCUAACUUCUUGGUAAAAUACCACUAGAACCAAAAGUCUUAUUGUCAGCUGAAAAAGGUAAAUGCAUUUAUGAAACAGCUCCUGACUCUGUUGCUGCUCAAAUUUAUACGACAAUUGUAAAUUGUAAGUUUAUAAUUUAACUUUAGCAUUGUUAGAAACAUUAAAAGAAUAACCAAAAUAAUGAUUAAUAUU